AUGAGGGGCCAGGCCGCCGCCCCGGGCCCCCUCUGCCGGAUCCUCUGCCUGCGGCCGCCGCUGCUGCUGCUGCUGCUGGUGCUGGUGCUGGGGCGUCGGGCGCGGGCGGCCGCGGGGGCCGACGCGGGUCCCGGGGCCGAGCCGUGCGCCACGCUGGUGCAGGGCAAGUUCUUCGGCUACUUCUCGGCGGCCGCCGUGUUCCCCUCCAACGCCUCGCGCUGCUCCUGGACCCUGCGCAACCCCGACCCCCGCCGCUACACGCUCUACAUGAAGGUGGCCAAGCCGCCUGCCCCCUGCGGCGGCCCCGGCCGCAUCCGCACCUACCAGUUCGACUCCUUCCUGGAGUCCACGCGCACCUACCUGGGCGUGGAGAGCUUUGACGACGUGCUGCAGCUCUGCGACCCCGCGGCGCCCCUGGCCUUCCUGCAGGCCAGCAAGCAGUUCCUGCAAAUGCUGCGCCAGCAGCCGCCCCCUGACCCCGGCCCCCGGCUGCUGGGCGCGUCCCCGGGCCCCAGCGACGACUUCUCCGUGGAGUACCUGGUCGUGGGCAACCGCCACCCGAGCGGGGCCGCCUGCCAGAUGCUGUGUCGCUGGCUGGACGCCUGUCUGGCCGGCAGCCGCAGCUCGCACCCCUGCGGGAUCAUGCAGACCCCCUGCGCCUGCGUGGGCGGGGACGGCGGCGCCCCGGCCCCCCGCGGGGACGUCUGCCUGAGGGACGGUGUGGCCGGCGGCCCUGAGAACUGCCUCACCAGCCUGACCCAGGAUCGGGGCGGAGACGGCGCAGCAGGUGGCUGGAAGCUGUGGUCCCUGUGGGGCGAGUGCACGCGGGACUGCGGGGGAGGCCUGCAGACGCGGACCCGCACCUGCCUGCCGGCCCCCGGCGCCGAGGGCGGCGGCUGCGAGGGGGUGCUGGAGGAGGGCCGCCUGUGCAACCGCAAGGCCUGCGGCCCGGCCGGGCGUGCCAGCUCCCGAAGCCAGUCCCUGCGGUCCACCGACGCCCGGCGGCGGGAGGAGCUGGGGGAUGAGCUGCAGCGUUUCGGCUUCCCGUCCCCGCAGACAGGUGACCCCGCAGCCGAGGAGUGGUCCCCGUGGAGCGUGUGCUCCAGCACCUGCGGCGAAGGCUGGCAGACCCGCACGCGCUUCUGCGUGUCCUCCUCCUACAGCACGCAGUGCAGCGGGCCUCUGCGCGAGCAGCGGCUGUGCAACAAUUCCGCUGUGUGUCCAGUGCACGGCGCCUGGGACGAGUGGUCGCCUUGGAGCCUCUGCUCCAGCACCUGUGGCCGUGGCUUCCGAGACCGCACGCGCACCUGCAGGCCCCCCCAGUUUGGAGGCAACCCCUGUGAGGGCCCUGAGAAGCAAACUAAGUUUUGCAACAUUGCCCUGUGUCCUGUGGAUGGAAACUGGAACGAGUGGUCGAGCUGGAGCGCAUGCUCCGCCAGCUGCUCCCAGGGCCGGCAGCAGCGCACACGGGAGUGCAACGGGCCGUCCUACGGGGGCGCUGAGUGCCAGGGCCACUGGGUGGAGACUCGGGACUGCUUCCUCCAGCAGUGCCCAGUGGAUGGCAAGUGGCAGACCUGGGCGUCAUGGGGCGGCUGCAGUGUGACAUGCGGGGGCGGCACCCAGCGACGAGAACGAGUCUGCUCUGGUCCGUUCUUCGGGGGAGCUGCCUGCCAGGGCCCUCAGGACGAGCAGCGGCCGUGCGGCGCCCAGCGGUGUCCCGAGCCCCAUGAGAUCUGUGACGAGGACAACUUCGGCACGGUGGUCUGGAAGGAGACUCCAGCAGGAGAGGUGGCUGCAGUCCGGUGUCCCCGCAAUGCCACAGGCCUCAUCCUGCGACGCUGCGAGCUGGACGAGGAGGGCAUCGCCUACUGGGAGCCCCCUACCUACAUCCGUUGUGUCUCCAUCGACUACCGGAACAUCCAGAUGAUGACUCGGGAGCACCUGGCGAAGGCGCAGCGUGGGCUGCCUGGGGAGGGGGUGUCCGAGGUGAUCCAGACGCUGGUAGAGAUCUCCCAGGACGGGACCAGCUACAGUGGGGACCUUCUCUCCACCAUCGACGUCCUGAGGAACAUGACAGAGAUCUUCCGGAGGGCAUAUUACAGUCCUACCCCUGGGGACGCGCAGAACUUUGUGCAGAUCAUCAGCAACCUGCUGGCAGAAGAGAACCGGGACAAGUGGGAGGAGGCCCAGCUGAUGGGUCCCAACGCCAAGGAGCUCUUCCGGCUGGUGGAGGACUUCGUAGGCGUCAUCGGCUUCCGCAUGAAGGACCUGCGGGACGCGUACCAGGUCACAGACAACCUGGUGCUCAGCAUCCAUAAACUCCCGGCCAGUGGGGCCGCAGACAUCAGCUUCCCCAUGAAGGGCUGGCGGGCCACGGGCGACUGGGCCAAGGUGCCGGAGGACAGGGUCACGGUGUCCAGGAGCGUCUUCUCCACGGGGUUGGCAGAGGCUGAUGACUCGUCUGUGUUCGUGGUGGGCACCGUGCUCUACAGAAACCUGGGCAGCUUCCUGGCCCUGCAGAGGAACACGACCGUGCUGAACUCCAAGGUCAUCUCCGUGACAGUGAAGCCCCCGCCACGCUCCCUGCUCACACCCUUGGAGAUAGAGUUCGCCCACCUGUACAACGGCACCACCAACCAGACCUGCAUCCUGUGGGACGAGUCGGACGUGCCCUCCUCCCCCGCCCCCCCGCAGCUCGGGCCCUGGUCGUGGCGCGGCUGCCGCACGGUGCCCCUCGACGCCCUCCGGACGCGCUGCCUCUGUGACCGGCUCUCCACCUUCGCCAUCUUAGCCCAGCUCAGCGCCGACGCGAGCAUGGAGAAGGUGAUCGUGCCGUCAGUGACGCUCAUCGUGGGCUGCGGCGUGUCGUCCCUCACCCUGCUCCUGCUGAUCAUCAUCUACGUGUCUGUGUGGAGGUACAUCCGCUCGGAGCGGUCGGUCAUCCUCAUCAACUUCUGCUUGUCCAUCAUCUCCUCCAACGCCCUCAUCCUCAUCGGGCAGACCCAGACCCGCAAUAAGGUGGUGUGCACGCUGGUGGCCGCCUUCCUGCACUUCUUCUUCCUGUCAUCCUUCUGCUGGGUGCUCACCGAGGCCUGGCAGUCGUACAUGGCCGUGACGGGCCGCCUCAGGAACCGUCUCAUCCGGAAACGCUUCCUCUGCCUGGGCUGGGGGCUCCCUGCACUGGUCGUGGCCAUUUCUGUGGGAUUCACCAAGGCCAAAGGGUACAGCACCAUGAACUACUGCUGGCUGUCCCUGGAGGGGGGACUGUUGUACGCCUUCGUGGGACCGGCUGCCGCCGUUGUACUGGUGAACAUGGUCAUCGGGAUCCUGGUGUUCAACAAGCUCGUGUCCAAGGACGGCAUCACGGACAAGAAGCUGAAGGAGCGGGCAGGGGCCUCGCUGUGGAGCUCCUGCGUGGUGCUGCCGCUGCUGGCGCUGACCUGGAUGUCGGCCGUGCUCGCCCUCACCGACCGCCGCUCCGCCCUCUUCCAGAUCCUGUUUGCCGUCUUCGACUCGCUGGAGGGCUUCGUCAUAGUGAUGGUCCACUGCAUCUUGCGCAGAGAGGUCCAGGACGCCGUGAAGUGCCGCGUGGUGGACCGGCAGGAGGAGGGCAACGGGGACUCGGGGGGCUCCUUCCAGAACGGCCACGCCCAGCUCAUGACUGACUUCGAGAAGGACGUGGAUCUGGCCUGUAGAUCAGUGCUGAACAAGGACAUUGCGGCCUGCCGGACGGCCACGAUCACCGGCACGCUCAAGCGGCCGUCGCUGCCCGAGGAGGAGAAGCUGAAGGUAGCCCAUGCCAAGGUGCCCCCCACCAACUUCAACAGCCUGCCCGCCAACGUGUCCAAGCUGCACCUGCACGGCUCGCCCCGCUGCCCGGGCGGCCCCCUGCCCGACUUCCCCAACCACUCCCUGACCCUCAAGAAGGACAGGGCGCCCAAGUCCUCCUUUGCCGGCGAUGGGGACAUCUUCAAGAAGCUGGACUCGGAGCUGAGCCGGGCCCAGGAGAAGGCCCUGGACACCAGCUACGUCAUCCUGCCUACGGCCACGGCCACGCUGCGGCCCAAGCCCCCGGAGGAAGCCAAGCACAGCAUCCACCUGGACCAGAUGCCCCAGACCCGCCUCAUCCACCUCAACAUGACCCCCGACGCUGGCCUCCCGGCCCGCAGCCCACCCACCCGCCAGCCUCCGGGCGCCGGGCCCCCAGAGGCCCCCCCUGCCCAGCCCCCGCCGCCGCCGCCCCCCCCGCCCCCACCCCCCACCCUGGAGCCCACGCCCCCCAGCCUGGGGGAGCCUGGGGAGCCCGCGGCCCACCCGGGGCCUAGCUCGGGGGCCGGGACCAGGAACGAGAACGUCUCCACCUUGUCCGUGAGCUCCCUCGAGCGGCGGAAAUCACGGUAUGCGGAACUGGAUUUCGAGAAAAUCAUGCACACGCGGAAACGGCACCAGGACCUGUUCCAGGAUCUGAACCGGAAGCUGCAGCAUGCCGAGAAGGACAAGGAGGCCCUGGGCCCAGACAACAAGCCGGAGAAGCAGCAGACGCCCAACAAGCGGCCCUGGGAGAGCCUUCGGAAAGCCCACGGGACACCCGCGUGGGUGAAGAAGGAGCUGGAGCCACUGCCACCGUCCCCGCUGGAGCUGCGGAGCGUGGAGUGGGAGAAGUCGGGCGCCACGAUCCCGCUGGUGGGCCAGGACAUCAUCGACCUCCAGACUGAGGUCUGAGCAGGUGGGCGGCGGCCUCGCACCGGGCCACGAGGAGGGAUGCUGCUCUGCCCGCUCCUGCCACGGGAUGGGCUCAGACGUGCUCUCGGGCUGCGGGCCAGACCCGCGUCCUGGCCUCAGGGCACUCGGACGGCGGCCAGGUGGAGGCCCGCAGUGCUGGGACCAG